UAUAUUAAAAAAAAUGAACUCGUUGUAAAAUCUUUCACAGAUGUUGAAUGCUCACUGUCAUGUAGCAAUGGAUCACCUAAAGAAACUGGGCGAAACCUACUUCCAAAAGAUAACCCCUGUGCAGAAAAUAGGUCAGCAGGAUGUAGACUAUAUGCCUAUGCUGAAGAGAUACCUUGUGCUAAAAUACAUCCAGUACAUGAUUCUGCCGAGUACAAACAUUAUGGUUUUGGGUGCUGGGGCCUUUGGAACUCUGUACAUUUCAUUCUUGAUGUUAUCAAAAGUUGUAACCCGAAAAUGUACCACAGUCUUCAUUUCCCAUCUGGUGACCUCAGAUGCAGUGCUUUUGCCUGCUAUCUUGGUUGAGGUUCUACACGAGGUUACUGACGUCAAACUUGCAUCGAACUACUUCAUCAAAGGACUUAUUCACAACUUCGUGACAGUGAAUGCACACACCAGUUCACUUAUGCUAAGCUGCAUUAGUCUGGAAGCUUUCCUCAUAACUCAAUUUCCAGUUCAAUCACGCUUCAUAAGGACUGUAAAACGUGCGAGAAUGACAAGCACCCUCAUCUGGAUAGCAGUUCUCACAGAGUGCAUUAUUUUACAGACUGAAUACUUCACCAGUUCUGAUACGGUUUCUCUUGGUUUUGGAAUUCCCCCUCUUUCUGGGUUAUUCCAUCUUUUCCUUGUGAUCGCUCCUAUUGUUAGGAUGUUGUCUAAUGCUCUGGUCAUCUGCCUCAGGAUCGUUAAUGUAUUUUUCUACUAUAAAGUUUAUAUGACCAAAUCGUACUCUAGGCAUUUCUUAAAACGAAAAGCAUAAUUUUCUUCAUAUUGUAUGUAAAGAAAUAUGAGCAGCAUUAAACAAAGAUUGUAUUUAUUGGGCGUUUUUUACAAAUAAUGUGAUAAGUCCAUGUUUAACAUUUGUAUUUAAUACCGAGAAAAGUGUCUUUGGAAAUUA